AUGCCUCGUAAUUGUAAUCGGUACACAAAGGAACAAGAAAAGAAACAUCCUUACCUUCCUCGAGGCAACAAGGUAAAUCACACUUCUGAAGAUAGAAAGCGAUGGGUAAGCAGUAUCUUCCCUUCAUCCCCGCUGUCUGGCGCCAGGUUCUCACCACCGAAGCCGAAUUCAGAACCCAAUCCCACUACAGACAGCCGCAAACAACGUUUUAGCCCACCUCCGAAGCCAAAGCCAGAGCCCGAUUUCACCAUGGCUAGUAACAGUCAAGAAGUCGCAAUUGCAAAAGGCAUGCUAGCAGCCACACAAGAUGAGGACAAUAUGCGCCUUGCCCAGCAGUUGUUUAACGAGAAUCUCAUCUUCGAGAGCCAGCGUCUGAAGGAAAAAUUAAUCUUCGAGAGGAAUAAUACAAAGGAAACUUAUGCAGAAGUCUCUCGUAUCGUGAAGGAAGACAUCAUGGCAGCCUCUAAGGCAUUCACAGACAAUAUCUACUUGUUCAUGAUUUUUGGGACCAUCUGCUUGAUCAUCUUGUUCUUGACGUUCCUCGUCAUCUGCCCGGUCUUGCUUGCCCGCUAUCUUCAAACGCACGAUGUUGAGGCACCUAGGAAUACUCCUUUUUGGAGUGGGUUUUGGACUGGAGCGUGGCCGCUUGCAGGUUGCGAUAAAGGAUAG